CUCAUCUGUAAACCUCACCCAGUGGUGCUUUCUCCUCUGCCAGGACUGAGGCCUCUCUCACUGCCCGCUGCUCGGCUGGGACAGAAGAAUGAAAGGUCUUCGCUGGCGUUACACUCGGCUGCCCAGCCAGGCGGAGGAUGAUCUAUCUGGGAAGGAGGGUGAGGAAGAGGAAGAGGAAAAGGAGGAGGCAGCCCCAGUUCCUGAAGACCCCGUGGAGCCCCAGCUGGUAGAAGCCAGCCAGGUUAUGGGAGCCUCGGAGAUUAGGCAGCUCAGCCUCCACCUUCCCCCGAGAGUCACUGGACAUUCCUGGAGCCUCGCCUUCUGCACCUCAAGGGAUGGCUUCAGUCUGCGCAGCCUGUACCGGCGGAUGGAGGGCCACAGCGGGCCGGUGUUACUGGUGCUGAGGGACCAGGAUGGGCAGAUGUUUGGGGCCUUCUCCUCCUCGGCUCUUCGACUCAGCAAAGGCUUCUAUGGUACUGGCGAGACAUUCCUCUUCUCCUUCUCUCCACAGUUGAAGGUUAAAGAGGUUAAACUUCUUUUCAUGUCUACUGGCCAAGUGUGUGUCAUCUUCUCCUAUGUGUGGCCUCCUCAGGUACCUGUGACCCUACUCCUUUGGGAGACUACACUUUGAGAGAAAAGCCAGAUGGGAGGUCUGGAAUUAACUAGGAGUAGUGCACUGUGCUGAGGGUGAUAUAGUGGCCCCAGUAACACACUGAGGUGAGGGCAAGGGCAGACACCUGAGAGCCAGGGAAAACAUUCUGGAAAGUGAAAUCUUUCAGAGUCUCAGGAAGUCAGGAUGUGAGAUCCUUUUAUUCUGGUGGAACCUCAUCUAGUGAAACAGGAAACUGCAACCUGAUCUGCAGCUCUGAGGCACCAUAACAUGCAGCCAAGUGAAUAGAGAUGGGCCCUCUCAUUUACCCCUUGGCAAAGAUAGUUAUUGAGAGAUCGCUCUUCAUUCAAAAAUGUGUCAAUAAGAAAAUAACAAAUGAUAGGCUUAUGAAAAAAAUACAUAAGGAACACAGUCCCCAGAUUUCAAAGGAGUAGAACUCUGAAAAGAAUUUCCUAUAAGAAACAGAAGAUGGGUGACCGGUUAGCUCAGUUGGUUAGAGUGUGGUGCUGUUAACAUCAAGGUUGCCAGUUUGAUCCCCUCAUGGGCCACUGGGAACUGUGCUCUCCUUAA